AUGAAGACUGCCGCCAUUGCCGCCCUCGCCACCAUCGGUGCCGUCACCGCUAUGCCAUCAUCAUACGCUUCUUUCAAGAAGGCUCUCACCCGACGAGCUGAUGGUCCCACCGACACUCAAGUCUUGCAAUACGCUUUGACUUUGGAGAACCUCGAGAAGACCCUUUACGCCGAUGCCUUAUCUCAAUUUGAUGAUGCCGCUUUCGAAGCUGCCGGUUACCCAAGUUGGGUCAGAGGUCGAUACGAACAAAUCGCUGGACACGAAUCAGACCAUGUAUCUUUACUCUCUGGAGCUUUAGGUAACGCUUCCGUUGCUGCCUGUGAAUACAAGUUCCCUUACACCGAUGUCAAAUCUUUCGUCGGCCUCGCUACCGUAAUCGAGAAUGUCGGUGUUUCCGCAUACGCCGGUGCCGCUCAAUAUAUCACCGACAAGACCUACUUGACCGUUGCUGCUGUCAUCUUGUCCACCGAAGCCCGACACCAAGCUUGGGAGUCUUCCGCUGUUGGUCACACCAACCCAUGGGGAUCAGCUUAUGACACCCCUCUCGGCCUCAACAUGGUCUACACCCUUGCUUCAGCAUUCAUCACCUCAUGUCCUGACUCCAACGCUGCCCUCCCCGUCAAGGCAUACCCCACCCUUACCGUCGGUGAAGGUGCUCCCGGAUCCACCGUACAAUUCACCUUCGAUGACUCACACUCCGCCACCAACUAUGCCGUCUUCUACGAGGGUCUCGGUGCCACUGCUGUUGCCCUUGACGAGAACGACAUGGCCACCAUCCCCGAGGGUCUCCAAGGUUACUACUACGUCGUCAUCUCCACCUCAUCUGACCCCAUGGGUGUAUCAGACGACAACAUCGUUGCCGGUCCUGCCAUUGGCUCUUGCCCAUUCGGCGCUGACGUCGCCAACCCUGCCUUCACCGGUAUGUAA